UCAAAACAUUAUUGGUGUCAUGAAUCCAAUGAAAUAUUAAACUGCAACAAAUUAAGUUAGUCCUUUGAAAUAUGUUGCUCGUGGAAAAGCAUUGUUUGCAAUUGUUAAUAGUUUAGGGUGCGUGACAAUAAAUUGGUUUGGAGGAUACUACUUUAAAGUGUUUAGUCUUAACUCAAGUCUUACUUCCUUGAGCUGGUCUAAAUUCAUCUGCCAGUAUGAGUCGUAAGUGUAAAAACUGUGGUGGAGCAGACAUCGACACAGACCCAGCUCGGGGGAGUGCUGUCUGCACAGCCUGUGGUUCUGUUCUGGAAGAUAAUAUCAUUGUAUCUGAGAUUCAGUUUGUGGAAAACAGUGGAGGAGUGUCUUCAGCUCUCGGGCAGUUUGUGUCUGCAGAUGGUACUUCUAAAGCUCCAACCUUAGGCAGUGGGUUCCACACAGGAUUGGGAAAGGAAUCGCGAGCUCAGACGCUCCAGAGUGGGAAACGACAGAUACACAACCUCGGCAGCCAGCUGCAGCUAAACCAGCAUUGCCUGGACACGGCCUUUAACUUCUUCAAGAUGGUGGUGAGCAAGCACUUGACGCGAGGGCGAAAGAUGACACACGUCAUAGCUGCCUGCCUCUACCUGGUCUGCAGAACGGAGGGAACACCUCACAUGCUCCUUGACCUGAGUGAUCUUUUACAGGUUAAUGUGUACAUUUUGGGAAAGACAUUCCUCCUGUUGGCUAGAGAGCUCUGUAUCAACGCUCCAGCUGUUGAUCCAUGUCUGUACAUUCCACGUUUUGCACACAUGUUGGAGUUUGGUGAAAAGACCCAUGAGGUUUCGAUGACUGCCCUCAGACUGUUGCAAAGGAUGAAACGAGACUGGAUGCACACAGGACGACGGCCGUCAGGCUUAUGUGGAGCAGCUCUGCUGGUGGCAGCCCGUAUGCAUGAAUUCCGUCGCACAGUGAAGGAGGUGAUAUCUGUCGUCAAGGUGUGCGAGGCCACGCUAAGAAAGAGGCUGACAGAGUUUGAGGAGACCCCCACCAGUAACCUGACCAUCGAUGAGUUCAUGCGAGUGGACCUUGAGAAAGAGUGUGAUCCUCCAUCUUUUGUUGCCGGACAGAAAAAACUCAAGAUGCAGCAGCUGGAGCAGGAGUUGGCCAAGAAACUUGAGGAGUACCAAGGUGAGAUCUACUCAUACCGGGAUGUGAUUGAGACACAGCUGGCAGGGAACAGCAGAACCAAACUGAGAGGGAUUUAUGCCUCCUACGCAAGAGAAGUUUCAGAUGACGACAGUGUGUCUCUGGCCUCUGGGCUGACUGGGGACGAUGACCCGGAAGAUGAGGAAAUGGAGGCAGCAGUCCAACAUCUCAACCAAGAGUUCAUCAGUCAGGUGUUGCCGGGUUUUGAGCAGGGCAAUCAGGGAGUAUUAGAGGCUCAGGAUGCGUGUAAGGAAACGGAACAGCUCCCCAGCCGGUCCACACAUAUGCCCCUGACGGUUCUUCUCGGCCCUCUGCCCAGUGCAGCCAGUCUGGGUCUUACAGACUCUAUUCGGGAAUGCAUCACAGAGGAGGCAAUGAACGCUGAAGAUAAAUCAGACAGUGGAGAACUAGAUCUGGAUGGGAUUGAUGAGGAUGAGAUUCAAAAGUACAUUCUAAAUGAGAUGGAGGUGGAGGCUAAGACAGAGCUGUGGAUGAAACAGAAUGAGGAGUAUUUGAGGGAGCAGAAAGAAAAAGAGGAGAGAAUAGCUAAAGAGAAGGAGCAAGGAACAUAUAAGGAGAAGCCUAAGAAGCCAUCCAAGAAGCGAGAACCGAUCCUGGCCAGCACUGCGGGAGAGGCUAUAGAGAAGAUGUUGGAACAGAAAAAAAUCUCUAGUAAGAUCAACUAUGAUGUUCUGCGAGACCUCAACAGCAAGGGCAGUGGAAGCAACUCUAUGCAUCAAGCCGAGGAACCACCCGUCAAUGGCUCUGGACGCAAGAGAUUGACUCGCCGCAAGAAGCAGCCAAACAAAAGCAAUCUCGGUCUGGCCAAACCCGCCAGCCUCAUGGGCAAAAGGCUCCGCCCCUUAAUAUCAUCCACACCAAAGAAGAAGAGAACACCAGCCUUACUGGUCACUCCAAGCAUCACCAUGAUGUUGCCUCCUGCAGCCCCAGAGCCCCCUCCUGCCCCCACCCCUCCCCCAGUGAUGGAGAGUGGGCCUGUGGCAUAUGAGGAACCCGCUGAUGAAGAGGAGGAAAAUGAGGAGGAGAUGGAAGAGCCUUGUGUUAGCGCCAUGCAGCUGAUGGGUGUAGAUGACUAUGGCUGUGAAGCUGAAGAAGAGGAGGUAUUCUAGUCUGAAGCAAUUCUCCCGUUCAUCAAAAUCAUCUUUGAGUAGAUUUCAUGUGCAUUUCAUCUGCUUAAACUCUGACCCCUUUACCUGUAAAGCGAGAAGACAAGAUACAUUUGACAUAGCUAUUAUACAGUAUGUUGCACAUUUAUUAAAGGUCACCCCCGUACCAUGCAUGAUAUGACUCAUUGAACUCCGAGUCAGUUCUGUAUGAGAGAAGGUGGCCCGGCAGCUUUAGAAUGACAAACAGCAGUAGGUAAGACCAUUUUAGCACUUUGCCAAAAGAUAAAUAUUCUGCUAUCAUUAUAAUGCCCUGCAAAUCCAAAAUGCAGUAAUUACACGAAUACUUUGAAAAGUCUACCCAAAUGUGGAUUUUACAGAAUAAUCUCACUGUAUUUUCUCAGAAUCUAAGCAUAGUUGACCUAAACCCAUCUGUCACAGGACAGAUCGUAGUCUAAGACACGGAUUCGGACAUAACUCAAUAUUGACAAAAUGUGUUGCUACUUCGUUUUGCCUUUUAAGGGCAAUAUUCAAGAGACAGUAACCAUUGAGUAAGUUCCUGGCGGUGCCUCAGAUAAUAUGUUGUUUCCCAGUGAAGUACAAAAUUUAAAUAUACAGUAGGAACACCAGCUGGAUGACAGCUGUAAAUUGAUUAAAUAAUGUCAUUUCAAGCUACAGGAGGCAUACAGUAGCACUGUAUCUCACGAACAAAGAGUAGUGUACCAAAACAGUGGAUCAUAAUGGUUUCUUUGAACCAGAGGUAGCCAUUUCUACUAGUAACACUCGCAGCUCAAUUUGUUUAACUGAUACCAAUUGAUUUUCUGAUUUUGUAAUGUUUUACUAUUUAUGUUGUGGUUAUUUUAUGAUGCAUUUAUCUGCUGAAACCAGAGGAUCUCAAUGUCUGUAUAUAUGAACAUACAGCAGUAUUUUGUCAAGUACACUGUUAUAUUUCCUAUUUGCAUUAAAUGGUAAAUGUUCACCCGCGACCCUGUACACAGGAUAAGCGGUUGACGAUGGAUGGAUGGAUGGAUGGAUGGAUGGAUGGUAAAUGUUCAUAUUUGUUGUUUUCUAGUGAUACAUAUUGAUGUGUAAUAUAAUGUAUUGUACUGCAAUGUUAUGGCUAAAAAAAUUAAAAAAAGUAGAAUUAUUGUUAUUUAAUAAUUAACUAGGAAGGGAAACUAGUGAUUAGAACAUUUGCAUGAAUGUAAAUAAAUUUGUGUUUUCUUAAAAAGGUUGACCUCCUUGAAACUCCUCUAAAGUGUGUUUGUGUGCAGGUAUGUGUGAAAGGCAUAGUUAGGCAUAAUAAUAGUUAUGAGCACAACAAUUUAGUGCACUCUGAAUGCGUUUGACCUUAUAAGAUGGUCAACCUGAACAAUUUCCAUUUGCCUUUUUAUGUUUUGUUUAAUAUUGUCAAGGCUUACAUUAAUAAUUCAGUUUCCCCGUAGGCUG